AAAACACGGCCCGCGCGCCCGAACUGCAUUUAGCUUCCACGUUAGGAAGCAUUACAUACUGGCGGGUGACUGUGGAGCCGUGCUGUGGUGAAUGACAGCGGGCCGACCGAGUUGUUUUUACAGUUUUUAAAGCAGUUUUAUCUUGCGUGUCUUUCCCCUUUAAGUCGCUGUUUGCGAUGCCAACAAAAACGUCCUUGUCUUUGCCCGAAGACGUAAAGAAGAGGCUGCUGAUGCUGGAUGAAGAUGGAUCUACAGAGGAGGAUCAGCUUAAAGAAAAGCUGCGGUUGGUGCAUGAUUUUCUACAGGAUGAUGCUCAAGACCAACUGACAAGACUUGAGGAAAAAAUGAAAAGCUCUGAAAUCUCAAAGGAGGUUUACAUCUCCAAAGUGAAGGUGUUGCUGGGUAAAGAGCUUCAUCUUGAGAACGGCUCUCUUGUGGACGGCGCUGAGCAGAACGGAAAGGCGAACGGCUUUGCAAAUGGCUCCCACAAAGAGGAUGAAGAUGUAAAUAUGGCGACAGAACAGGAUGAAACUGAAACCAAGUCGCCAGCAGCUCCCAAAGGGAAGGGUGGACGCAGGAGCAAGGCAAACUCUGAAACUAAAAAAUCCCCAAGCAGUACCAGAGUAACAAGAAACAGCGGGAAACAACCAACCAUUGUGUCCAUGUUCUCCAAAGUUCAAAAGCGCAAAUCAGAGGAUCUGAGUGGAGAAGCUGUUAAUGGAACAAUUGAACCAAAGCAGGAAGACGACACUGAGGAGAUCCAGGAGGAGAAACGCCUCAAGGUGGAUUCGGAUGAAAAACCUGCUACGGAGGAGUCGAAAUCCAAAACGACUAAAACAGGACUUACUGCAAAGACUCCACCUCCUAAAUGUCCUGACUGCAGGCAGUAUCUGGAUGACCCUGAUCUGAAGUUGUUUCAAGGGGAUCCCGAUAACGCGCUUGAAGAGCCAGAGAUGUUAACUCACGAGACUCUGUCACUGUUUGAGUCAAAUGAGGAUGGAUUUGAGAGCUACGACCAUCUGCCGCAGCACCGCAUCACUAACUUCAGCGUGUAUGACAAACGCGGCCAUCUUUGCCCUUUUGACUCGGGGCUGAUUGAGAAGAACGUGGAGCUUUACUUCAGCUGCUAUGUGAAACCCAUCUAUGAUGACAGCCCAGGCUUAACCAAUGGUGUUUUUGCCAGAAAGCUUGGACCCAUCAAUGCCUGGUGGAUAACUGGUUUUGAUGGAGGGGAAAAGGCUUUAAUCGGUUUCACAACAUCUUUUGCUGACUACAUCCUGAUGGACCCCAGCGACGAGUACGCCCCCAUUUUCGCCCUGAUGCAGGAGAAGAUCUACAUGAGCAAGAUUGUGGUUGAAUUCCUGCAGAAAAAUCCGGACGUCACCUAUGAGGACCUCCUCAACAAGAUCGAGACUGCUGUCCCACCUGCAGGACUGAACUUUAACUGCUUCACUGAGGACACGCUGCUGCGCCACGCCCAGUUUGUGGUGGAGCAGGUGGAAAGCUAUGAUGAGGCUGGCGACUCUGAUGAGCAGCCCAUUAUUGUUACCCCCUGCAUGAGAGAUCUGAUCAAACUGGCAGGAGUCACUCUAGGAAAGAGGAGAGCCGCCAGACGACAGGCCAUCCGCCACCCAACCAAGAUAGAGAAGGACAACAAAGGACCGACCAAGGCCACCACCACCAAGCUGGUCUACCAGAUUUUCGAUGCCUUCUUUGCUGACCAGAUCGAGCAGAAUGAUAAAGAGGGAGGAGCCAAACGGCAGCGCUGUGGAGUCUGCGAGGUGUGCCAGUCUCCCGAUUGUGGUAAGUGCACAGCCUGCAAGGACAUGAUCAAGUUUGGAGGAAGUGGCAAAAGCAAGCAAGCUUGUAAGCAGAGAAGAUGUCCAAACCUUGCUGUGAAGGAGGCUGAGGAUGAUGAGAAUGUUGAAGAGGAAGAUGCUCCACCAGAGAAGCCCAAAAAGGUUCUCCAAACUAAGAAAAAGAGACAAACCCAGUCCAAACUUGCAUGGAUCGGUGAGCCUGUGGAGACUGUGGGAAAGAGGCACUACUACAAGAAGGUCUCUUUGAAUGAUGAAGUGCUGGAAGUGGGAGACUGUGUCUCUGUUUCAUCAGAAGAUCCAUCCAUUCCUCUGUAUCUAGCAAGGAUCACGUCUCUGUGGGAGGACAAUAAUGGGAAGAUGUUUCAUGCCCAUUGGUUCCUUCGAGGCAUCCACACUGUGCUUGGAGAGUCCUCUGAUCCACUGGAGCUCGUCAUUGUUGACGAUUGUGAAGACAUGCUGCUCAGCUACGUCCAGGGAAAAGUCAACGUUAUGUACAAAGCGCCAUCAAACAACUGGUCCAUGGAGGGCGGGGUUGAUGUUGACCUAAAGGUGAUUGAAGAUGAUGGAAAGAGUUUCUUCUAUCAGUUCUGGUACGAUGUGGAGUUUGCCCGAUUUGAGACUCCCCCCAAGAUUGAACAAUCAGAAGACUGCAAGUUCAGAUUCUGCGGCAGCUGCGCCCGUAUUAAACAGCGAGAUGAGCAGGCAACACCUCGAGCAUUUGAGCCUCUGGAGAAUGAGAACAAUGACAACAAGGCUCAGUAUGCAUUAGCCUGCUUCAAGGGAGAACAGUUCAGGGUUGGAGACGGCGUCUACCUGCCUCCUGAAGCCUUCAGCUUUAGUGUGAAACCGGCCAGUCCAGUAAAACGCUCCCACAGGAAGGAGGAUGUGGAUGAAGAUCUGUAUCCUGAGUAUUACAGGAAAUCUUCAGACUACAUUAAGGGCUCAAACCUGGAUGCUCCAGAGCCUUUCCGUGUUGGCCGCAUCAAAGAAAUCUUCUGUCAUCGCCGCAGCAAUGGGAAAGCUGACACAGCGGAAGUCAAACUGAGACUCUAUAAGUUCUACAGGCCUGAGAACACACACAGAGGUGUCAAAGCCAGUUACCACACAGACAUCAAUCAGCUCUACUGGAGUGAUGAAGAAGUGACGGUCAGCAUGUCGGAAGUUCUUGGUCGCUGUCAAGUAGAGUACGCAGAGGACCUGAAUGAAUCUGUGCAGGAUUACUCCAGUGGUGCACCUGACCGCUUUUAUUUCCUGGAGGCGUACAAUGCUAAAUCAAAGAGCUUUGAAGAUCCUCCCAACCACGCACGCUCUUGUGCUCAUAAAGGAAAAGGAAAGGGCAAAGGAAAAGGUAAAGGUAAAGGGAAGGCAUCACAAGAGUCCCAGGAGCCUCGCUCGGAGCCCCAGGCACCGAAAGUACAGAAAUAUCGGACUCUUGAUGUGUUUUCUGGGUGUGGCGGACUUUCUGAAGGCUUCCACCAGGCUGGUAUCUCUGAGACGCUCUGGGCUAUUGAGAUGUGGGAGCCAGCUGCACAGGCGUUCCGCCUUAACAAUCCCGGCACCACGGUGUUCACUGAGGACUGUAAUGUCCUCCUGAAACUGGUCAUGUCUGGAGAGAAGACUAAUUCUCUCGGCCAAAAGCUGCCUCAGAAGGGCGAUGUGGAAAUGCUGUGUGGUGGGCCUCCCUGCCAAGGUUUCAGUGGGAUGAACCGCUUCAAUUCUCGCACUUAUUCCAAAUUCAAAAACUCACUCGUGGUUUCAUAUCUUAGUUACUGUGACUAUUACCGACCAAAGUUCUUCUUGCUGGAAAAUGUGAGGAACUUUGUAUCAUUCAAAAACUCCAUGGUCCUGAAGCUGACUCUGCGCUGUCUGGUGCGGAUGGGCUACCAGUGUACGUUUGGAGUCCUGCAGGCCGGUCAGUACGGUGUUGCUCAGACUCGCCGCAGAGCUAUCAUCCUGGCUGCUGCUCCAGGAGAGAAGCUGCCUCGCUACCCUGAACCCCUGCAUGUGUUUGCUCCUAGAGCGUGCUCGCUUACAGUGGCAGUGGAUGAGAAAAAAUAUGUCAGCAAUGUGACACGAGGUAACGGUGGCAUCUAUAGAACCAUCACCGUCAGGGACACCAUGUCUGAUCUGCCUGAGAUUCGUAAUGGUGCUUCUGCCUUGGAGAUUUCCUACAACGGAGAACCUCAGUCUUGGUUCCAGAGGCAGAUCAGAGGCACACAAUAUCAGCCUAUUCUCAGAGACCACAUCUGCAAGGACAUGAGUGCAUUAGUGGAGGCCAGGAUGCGUCACAUCCCUCUGGCUCCAGGCUCAGACUGGAGAGAUCUGCCCAACAUUGAAGUCCGGUUAAAAGAUGGCACCAUGACGAAGAAACUACGUUACACGCACCAUGAUAAGAAAAAUGGCCGCAGCAGCACCGGUGCUCUCAGAGGCGUCUGCUCCUGCGCUGCAGGGAAAACCUGUGACUCUGCCGACAGGCAGUUUAACACCCUAAUCCCGUGGUGUCUGCCCCACACCGGAAACCGCCAUAACCACUGGGCCGGGCUCUAUGGCAGAUUGGAGUGGGACGGCUUCUUCAGUACAACUGUAACCAACCCUGAACCCAUGGGCAAGCAGGGCCGCGUUCUGCACCCAGAGCAGCACAGAGUUGUCAGUGUGAGGGAGUGUGCUCGCUCUCAGGGUUUCCCUGACACCUACCGCUUCUUCGGAAACGUUCUGGACAAACACAGACAGGUUGGAAAUGCUGUUCCUCCCCCGCUCUCUAGAGCCAUCGGGCUGGAGAUCAAGAAAUGCGUCUUUGAAAGGAUGAAGGAGGAACAAGCUACAGCAGACAUCAAACAAGAAAAAAUGGACGUCUCUGAUUAAUUUCCCCUUGUCCACAUUUUAAAGGUUUUAAUACCGAUGACGGAAUACUUAAGUGAUUUGACUUUCAGCUGUCACCAAGCGGCCACUAUGUUCUAUGUAGUAAUCAUUCCAUAUUGAGUCUUGUUUUUAUUAUGCUGUUAAUUGUUCAAUGUGGAGUAAAUUGUAUGUAGAUUUUAUAUGUAAUAUUUCAAAUAAAGUUCUUCUGAAA